GUGACGCUCUGCUCUUCUCUCUUGGACGCCGGCAGGGUGAUGCCAGCUUGAUCCUGAGCCAUGUCCAGGUACCUGAAGCACUUCACGGUGGUGGGGGAUGACCCCGUGCAGUGGAGCAACGACUACCAGAAAUGGGAGGAGGAGGAGGAGGCUGGGGAGAAUGGGGAGAAGCAGCCGGAUUCGGAGAUCAAGCUGGAGCCCACCAGGAGCCGCAUCUCCUUCCAGGACAUGAUGAAAAAGCUCUUCAGCUCCCACAGGUUUCAGAUCCUGGUUGUCUGCUUGGUGAUCCUGGAUGCCUUGUUGGUCCUCGGCGAGUUGCUCAUGGACUUGAAAAUCAUCCAUCCGGACAAAUAUAAAAUAACCCCAAAGGUUUUCCACUACCUCUCCCUUUCCAUUUUAACCAUCUUCCUGGUUGAGGUGGGGUUUAAAGUCUUUGUCUACCGCUGGGAGUUCUUCCACCACAAGUUCGAAGUGCUGGACGGGAUUGUCGUCAUCGUGUCGUUCAUCCUCGAUGUCGUCCUCAUCUUCCGGGAGCACGAGUUUGAAGCCGUGGGGCUCCUGAUACUCCUGCGGCUGUGGCGCGUGGCCAGGAUUAUCAACGGAAUAAUUUUAUCAGUAAAGACCCGCUCUGAACAACAAGUGUCCAAGCUGAAGCAAGCCAACCUGAAACUCGCAACAAAGGUUGAACAACUGGAACACAGCUGUGUAGAGAAGGAGCAAGAAAUUGAGAGGCUGAACAAGAUCCUAAAACAGCAUGGACUCAUCAGCGAGCAAAAAUAG